CGUAUCCACGGAUUCCAGAACAUAUUGCUGCAUCAAUGUAUUCGAAAUAAUAACAUAACACGACGUUACUUACCGGUAAACACUGCGUGAGUUCUGAAUUCAUCUUAGAAACUACACUAAACCAUUCGACGUGACUUCACUUGGGCGAUGACAAGGUCACAUACUCUUUUUUGAUUGGUCAUUGAGCGAAGCCAAAAUGACACCAAGUCCAAUGAAAAUGAAGAUAACAAAAGCUGUUUCCCAUAAUGCUUAGCUAGCGACUGAAAUUCUUGAGCAUCCGAAACAUGGCGCCGACUACGGAGAACGACAUGGAUGAGAAAGGACAGCGUACUACCAUAUUAUUCGACAGUUCAAAAAAGGAAUUAUUUUCUAUACAGAAUGGUUUCAAAACCCUUCACAGGAAACUACGGACAAACUGGAAGAUUGCAACACAUAAAGAUGAAAUCACGGAAGCCAAGCUAGCACAGGUGAAAGUCUUUGUUAUUGCAGGACCAAGGGAAAAAUUUACAGCACCAGAGUUUGAUGUGAUCAAGAAGUACAUAGAAGAUGGCGGCAGCGUCUUAGUUCUCAUGGGGGAAGGCGGAGAAACCAAAUUUGAUACAAAUAUUAACUUUUUACUAGAAGACUAUGGUAUUAUGGUGAAUAGUGAUGCUGUGGUGCGGACAAGUUACUAUAAAUAUUUCUACCCAAAAGAAGCACUUAUUUCAAAUGGAAUACUUAACAGAGCCAUCAGCCUGGCUGCUGGUAAACUCAUACCAGGAUUAAAUGAAGAGGAGGCUGCAAAUAACACUCAAGCACUGACAUUUCUGUAUCCAUUCGGUGCGACUUUGAAUGUAGCCAAGCCAGCUUCGGCAGUGCUGUCUACAGGAACAGUUUCUUUUCCAUUAAACAGGCCUGUAUUGGCUCUACAUUCAUCAAAGUAUUCCAAGGGUAAAUUAGCAGUUUUGGGAUCUGUGCAUAUGUUUUCUGACCAAUACCUUGAGAAGGAAGAGAAUGCCAAGAUACAGGAUGUUAUAUUCCAGUGGUUAACCACUGAUGAAAUAGUACUGAAUGCCAUUGAUGCUGAUGAUCCAGAAAUUUCAGAUUAUAACAUGUUGCCAGAGACCGCUAAGCUAGCUGAAAGGUUACGUGUUUGCCUUCAGGAAAGUGAUGAUGUGCCAAAAGACUUCACUGCACUUUUCAAUGACACACUGUUCAAGAUGGACACAAGUGUGGUACCUAAAGUUAUAAAGGCUAUUGAUACACUUGGCUGCAAACAUGAACCACUUACACUGAUCCAGCCACAGUUUGAAACACCGCUACCACCACUGCAACCUGCAGUAUUUCCUCCUACAUUCCGUGAAUUGCCACCGCCAUCACUGGAUUUGUUUGAUUUAGAUGAACAGUUCUCAUCAGAGAAAGUCAGACUUGCACAAAUCACGAAUAAAUGUAAUGAUGAUGAUCUUGAAUACUAUGUACGUGAAUGCGGCGAUAUUCUGGGAGUGUCAACAAAGCUGCCAUCUGAUAGCAGAGAUGCCAAGCAUAUAUUAGAAUAUAUAUUUGCACAAGUUGUUGAAUUCAAAAAAUUGAAUCAGGAUCAAGAUUUGGAUCUGAAUGAAGGAGCUGACGGCUACCAAUAAAUAACUAUUUGUUCUAUCAGACUGUACACACCAUAUUGUAAAUACCAAGUCAAAUAUCAGGGACACAUCAGUCUGACAGAUUCCACUCCUACCACUAGUGAUAAAUGCAGAUACAUGUAAUACUUUUCAAUUCUUGCAUAUAUUUUUUUCCAUCUCCACCCAUAGAGCUUAAUUUAUGUACACAAAUUUGUGAGUGAUGAUGAAAGUUCAUUGUAACUCUAUCUGUCAUCCAAGGUAUUUGUUGUUUUCUACUCAAGAUCAACUUGCCCACAUUUGAAGCAAUAGCAAACUAGAAAUGCUCAUUUGAGUGAAACUUAAUGUAUACAGCUAUGUACUCUUCAUGGGCUGAGUUCUGUUGUGUUGAUCAUUGAACAUAUCUAUGUGCGCAUUUGUUCCUAUCUCUUUACUAUUGAGCCUCUGCAAAUGCUACAACACAAAAUCAUGAUGGGUCUUGUGUAGAGUUGUGUAUAUCUGGUCCUGUUAUUUAACACUGAUGGCCUUUGUAGCAAACAUUUUUAACAUUUUUCUUCUAAUUCCUGCUAUUUUUUUGGCAUUCAUGUUUAAUAUUUCUGAAUCUCCAGUAAUGCAGAUUUCCCUGAAAAGUGGGAUAGAUAUCAUACAAGAUCAAACUGAUUGAAUGUUUUUGCAUUUCAGUAAGCCUAGAAACAUCCAAUAGUUAAAUAGUAAUUAUUCACUUCAUGUACUGUGAAUGCUUGAACAUCUAUAGUAGCAAAAACAGUAGCAAGACGAAUAGAUCAUUGUGACCUCAAUUAACCAGAAAUGUUUGUUUUGCUUCAGUUUCUGCGAUUUAUUCAGAUCAUUUUGACGUUAUUAUAUUGAUUAUUCCAUUCACGCUCCAUAGACAGUCUCUAUACGGCUCCUACUUGAGCCUACUUUUAUGAGUUUGGCAGGGUUUCAAUGGCUAUUUAUCAAAUUUGCAGAGUUUUGGCUUAAAGUAAUAUCUGUAUGUAAAAUAUGAAUAAAUAUACCCGGUAAUACAAAACUAUGAGUACCUAUAGCAUAUGUGAAAAAACACAUAAUCCUUUGAAUUGAAUUGAAUUGAAUUGAAUUGAAGUGUAAAAUGUCACAUACGUCUGAUUCUUGACAAAAAGGUAGAAAUGAGCUGAGGCUUGGAGUUUGGAUUUUAGUCUGACAUUUUCUAGAAGCCUGACAACUUCUUGUUGUUUAAAAAGCAUUCAUCUAAAUUUCAUACAUAUACAGAUCAACAAAUUUGCAUUAGCUUUUUCUAAAUCCUGAAGUUCUAUGUGUUGUAUUUAAGCAAAUUACAAUAACAAUAUUCACAGAAUUCUUGUAUUUAUGUAAUCAGGUAUUGUACAAAAACUGAAGUACUUCUGAAAGAGCUUGGUCACAUACAAUGAUAGCUACAAAAUUACCUUGAUUGCAUACUUUUUAAAUUAAACACCCGUCCAUGUUGUAUAUACAUAUAUUCAUAUUUUAAGACUUAAGUUUAAUUGUAUACCUUUAUUCUAUUACUGCUGUUUUGUUUUUUUCAAAUCAGAACCUCAAUUAUCUAAGCUUGUGUGCAGAAUUAAAAUUGUGAAUACAAUACAACUUUCCUCUAGCAACAAAGUGCCCAUGUCAUAAAUUGGCAAAAAGGAAGAACGUUCACAGGGUUGAUAUUGGGCCAAAAAAAUAAAAAUUGUUUUGUUGCCCUCAGCGACUGAUCGAAAAAUAUGGAAUAUCGGGUCGCGUUUUUUUUUUAAAUAGGCCCUAAUAUUAAAAAUUCACCAUUUAAUUUAAGCAGUAAAAACGUGUUUCCUCUAAAAAUCAACGAUCCCGUAUCGUUGUUUGAUCCCCAGGGUUCCUGGGGGGUUAAGUGGCGACUUUUAACCUCGUUUUCAUCUGUAUUUAAAUACAAAAAGACUGAAAGAAACACUUUGAUUUUUGUGUUUAAUAUCUAGCAUGCGUUUGAUUGAUUCCCAUAUACCUCGGGUAUUUACGAUACCCUUAGUUUUCACGAGUUUAAAAAAAAAAAAAGUUUGACCGACCAACCCAAUGGUUAAAUUUUCCGACUUGAGGGCAACAUAAGUUGUUGUUUUUUUGGCCUUAUUUUGGUCUGUAUACACAGCAAUAUCAAAUAAUGUUUUGAGAUAUUUACAACCAAUGUGUGAAUGUCUAAUAGUCCAAUAACAAUUGUCGCUAACUAAUCAUCACUACUGUUUGACCUGUUGUUUUAUUAAGCAGGGGCACAUACACGUAUAUUUAAAUAACAGCAGGAAACAGUACUAUUACUUUAUUUUCCGGUACGAAUGACGGGUUCUUAUCACCCAGCCACUGCGUGCACACUUGCAUACAUACAGACCUAUGGGAAAGCUGUAUUGAUGGCUUACAUAAAUAAUUUCAUUAUGCAAAAAUGAAUCUCUAACUUGAACUUGGAGGUGGGUAGUAUGCACACAGAUUUGGAUAAUACAGGUUCAAAUAUAAAGCUCAUACCAAUUCAAUUAAUUGUAUUUUGUGUAUAUUUUGUACAAGAUUCUUUAACCAUGUACAUUUCCAGUAAUACAUCAUCCAUGUCCAAUGAACAGGAUAAUACUUUUACUCCUAUUCAACUGACAAGUAUUUUGUACUGUAAAAUUUGCACAUGGACUGGUUGUCAAAUGUAAAUAAAUGAAAUGUU